GUGGUUAUGGUAUCUGUAAUGCUCCUGCAUCCACCACAUGUAGUCCGUUGACAACUCGAUUCUAUUUAAGGUUAUGUUGUUUCCAAUUUAUUGAAGGCUUUUGUGUUAAAAUUUUGUUAGUCGUAUAAAGAACAUCGGAAAUGCAGCAAGACGACGUUGUUUGGGGCAUAAUCAACAACUCUUUCUGCUCAUUUAAAGUCAACACUAAAACCCAGCAAUUCUGCAGAAAUGAGUAUAACCUCACUGGGACAUGUAAUCGUUCCUCUUGCCCUCUCGCAAACAGUCAGUAUGCCACAGUGCGAGAGGAGAAAGGCAUCAUAUAUUUGUACAUGAAAACAACUGAAAGAUCUGCAUUUCCCAAAAAGACAUGGGAGAGGGUAAAAUUGUCACGGAACUUUGAAAAAGCAAUCUAUCAGAUUAAUGAAAAUCUCCUAUUUUGGCCCCAGUACAUCAAGUCUAAAUGUAAACAGAGGUUCGUCAAAAUCACCCAAUACCUGAUUCGGAUGCGUAAAAUACGGCUGAAAAGACAGAGAAAGCUUGUGACAAUGCCCCGGAAGGUGGAAAGAAGAACAAGAAGAAGGGAAGAAAAGGCUCUUAUUGCAGCACAAUUGGAUAAUGCAAUUGAAAAACAACUGAUGGAGAGACUGAAGAAAGGAGUUUAUGGAGAUAUUUACAACUUCCCGCAGUCUGUUUUUGACAAAGCCCUUGAUAAAGAGCAGGUGGAGGAACCUGAUAGUGAAGAGGAUUCUGCUGAAGAGGACGACGAAGGAAAGGAAGUUGAACCGGAAAUCGAGAAAGAGUUGGAGAAGGGUCCAGACUUUGUUGAGGCUGACAGUGAAGAGGAUGAUGAAGACGAUGUGGAUUCUGUAAGUGGAGAAGUGGAGUCAAUGGACAGUGAAGGUUUUGAAGAAUCGGAUGAAGACAUUGAGGAUAUAACUGAGGUGGAGGGUCCAUCCACCACCAAGAGGGUUGUAAAGUCGUCUGAGCCAACGAAGAGAAGUAAACGACCACAUGUGGAGAUAGAGUAUGAAGAGGACACACCGACCAGACACAAACAAAAACUAACUGAUGUCACAUUUUAGCAUAAAUAAAUAAUUUAAAUAACUCA